GGAGCCGGGGUUCUGGGCUGGCAAUCCGCGCCCUGGAGGAGAAUGGCCUGUCAUCUUGUCCUGUUCUCGCUCUUCUAAGGGGCCAGAACCUUCCUCGCUUGUAUCCCACGGUGGCCCCCUGGCCUUCCAGGCCCAUAGUCGCGGCGGAGAAGGGCUGGCCUGGAGGGAGGUUGGGAGGGUGGAGCUGGAUAACCCAGUGGUCCCACCCGGAGCCAGUUUGGCGAUCGGGCUUCUCGUCUGGCGGCCGGGCAGCAUCCCUGGCAGCUCUUCCCCAGGGAGGCCAGCCCUUUUCGUAGGUAGCCGGAUUGGGAAAAGCGGGAGAGUCGCCCCGCCCUGAUUCAUUCAUUCCCUCCGCGCCUGCUGGCGGCCAGCACCCGGAUAGGUACGGUUGGUACGAACCUGAGGAGUCCUCUGCCCUCUGGAAGCUUGCAGCCUUGUAGGAUCCGUUAUAAUGUCAUUCAGCAAAAUCGAUUGAGUACCUACAUGGAUGAACUGUCUUGAGACUCAACACAGUGUGAAGUUUGCUCUGUCUACUCCCCACAUCCAAGAGGGUAAUUUUUAGUUUGCUUUAGCCUGGUGUCCAGGCCCUUGUGAAUUCACCUCUUCCUUUCCCUACAGACCUUUUCUGUCCUACCAGUUUCUCUUCACUCCGAUUAUAUCAAACUCUUCGGAGUGCAUGAAUUCAACGAAUAGUUGUCGAGCACUUAUUACAAGUCAGGUACGAGAUCAGCUAAAGGGAAUACAAAGCAAAAUAGAUAAGAAAUUAAAUGAAACCAUGUACUUUAUCACUAUGGAAAUCCUGGAGAAUCUGAGUACUGAAUUCACACAUAAUCUAUCUCUGAGACAGUUGUUGCACCACAAAACGUUUUCUGAGUUGUGAACUUUAAAAGAGAGAAAAUUUAAACAUGUUGUCUAACCACAGGCUCAAUAUGAAGAAUGACAUUUAAAUCAUUCUGAAGAGGAAAACAGUACUUUUUGUCAGUUGUGCAAAUUCUCCACGUAGUAGCUUAGCAAGUAGUAGAGAAGAACCUUAGUGAGGCCAAGCAGUGAGUGAAGCUUGGCUAGGCAGGUGCACAGAUUCAUGUUCUCAUUUUGAGAGCAUGCCUCCAGAUUGGGUCUCACUCCCCUGAAGACCACCAGCCUGAAAGCCUUAAAACUGCUCCGAGAUGGAUGAGUCAGAUGAUGAUUUUAAAGAACUCUGUGCCAGCUUUUUCCAAAGGGUGAAAAAAACUGGAACCAAGGAAGUGUUGGGAGAAAGGAAGACACAAAAAUCUUCAAACAGUGCUCAGAUAAGAAGCAUAUCAAAAAAGACCAAACAGUCUGCCACCAGCAAAACCCUUCAAGGCACUUUGAAGAAACCUCAGUCAUCCAGCCAUAGGGCUAAAAAGCAAGGGGCACCCAAGUCUCAGGAAAGUGAACCUCUUCUCCCUGUGAGUGGAGAGGGAGGUGUGCUUGCUCCUGUUGUGAAUCCGGCUGUGCUCCAGGAUCAAGCACAGAGCAUCCAGACAGAGAAUGCUCCCAAUGGUGACUCCCAGCGCUCUCGGUCCUAUUUGACAACAGCAGCUGUGUCAAGUCCCUCCAAACCACGUACUGCAGAGCUGGUUCUUCAGCGGAUGCAGCAGUUCAAGAGAGCAGACCCUGAGCGUUUGCGACAUGCUUCAGAGGACUGCUUCCUGGAGGCCACACUGGAAGAAAAUGUUCCACAGAGCCCUCAAGAGGAGAUGGUGGCAGGAAAUGAGAAUGGACUGGGGCCCCCUGCCACCGACAGUGAUGCUGCAGUGGCCUUGGUCCUGCAACAAGAGUUUGGAAGGGAAGGUGCAUCUGCCCAUGAUGAUAACCUGGAGGAGAAGGGGUUGUUCUUCUGCCAGAUGUGUCAGAAGAACCUCUCAGCUAUGAACGUGACCCGGAGGGAGCAGCAUGUGAACAGGUGCUUGGAUGAGGCUGAAAAGGCACUAGGACCUUCCACACCUCAGAUCCCUGAAUGUCCAAUUUGUGGCAAGCUGUUUGUCACCUCGAAGAGCCGAAUCAGCCACCUGAAGCAGUGUGCAAUGAGGAUGAAAGUGGGCCCCCAGCUCCUAUUGCAGGCUGUGCGGAUGCAGACAGCUCCACCUGAGGCAAGCAGCAGCCCUGUGGCUCCCAGCUUUAGCAACCUUGUUGGAGGUUGGAAACGGAAAGGAGCCACCACCAAGAAGGAGCCACAGAAGAGGCGGAAGGUUGAUAAACCCGAGGUACCAUCUGAGGACCUUCUGGUGGCCAUCGCUCUGUCCCGAUCUGAAAUGGAGCAGGAUCCAGCUGUGCCUGCACUCAGACUGGAAAGUGCUUUUUCUGAGAGGACGAGGCCAGGAGCAGAGAAGAAAAGUCGCAAGAGGAAACCCCUGGUGCCCCCACCGCAGUUGUUAGUCCAGGACUCCAACACCACAGAUAGACAGAUAGAGGAUCGUGUGGCCCAGCUCCUUUCAGAGGAAAUAGAAUUGUCCAGUACACCACCACUUCCUGCCAGCAGGAUUCUCAGGGAAAAACUGAAAGAAGCAGGUUGGUGUCUGCAGCUGCCUGAAGGAAAGGAGAACUUCCUGUGGGAGGGCAGUGCCCUGACCGGAACUUGGGCUAUGGAGUGUUUCUACACAGAGACCCUGGUCCCUCCCAUUGUGCUCCAGCAGCCCACCAAGGGUCUCACACAGGAGCCCAAGCUAACACUGGUGCUGCCUGUGCAGCCAGAGCCGGGUGUACAAAGGCCUCCUGCCCUCCACAGCAGCUUCCAUGAAGGCUGCAGCCCCAGAGACCCAUCACUGUCUGCCAGCCAGAGGGAGCGCCAGGCCCUGCAGGACCUCAUGGACCUGGCAGAGGAAGGGCUGAGUGCCAACCCAUGGCCUUGCAGUGGGGGCCUGGUCAGCUCUGGAGGGGCUCCAGGGUUGGAUUUGGUGCCCAGCGGUGUUCCUCUGACCGGUUUUGCCCUGCCACCCGAGGAGAAGCCCCUUGAGAGAGAUCACCACUCUUUGCUCUCCCUCGGGUUGCUGGCUGCUGAUUUUGGUGCCAUGGUCAAUAACCCACACCUGAGCGACGUUCAGUUCCAGACAGACAGCGGGGAAGUACUUUAUGCCCACAAGUUUGUGCUUUAUGCCCGAUGUCCACUUCUCAUUCAGUAUGUAAAUAAUGAAGGCUUCUCCGCUGUUGAAGAUGGGGAAGAAACCCAGCGUGUACUACUAAGCAAUGUGAGCACUGAGACCACCUGUGUGUUCCUGCGCUAUCUCUACACAGCGGACACUGGUCUGCCGUCCCACCUGGCACCUGAGCUAGGCACCCUGGCCCAAAGGUUUGGUGUGAGUGACCUUGUCCACCUGUGUGAACAAGUGCCUGCUGUGAUGGACUUGGAGAGCGAACGACAGGAGGAGAAGGAAGAUGAGAACUCCGAAAGCAGAAUGGAGAAUUUCCAACAACUCUUGAGGUCAGUGUGGACCGAUGAAGAGGAGGAACCAGAGACUUUGUUGAAAUAUGACGAAGACAGAGAAAAAGUGAAUGAAGCAGACAUGGAAGAAAUUUACGAAUUUGCAGCUACUCAGCGAAAGCUGCUGCAAGGGGGAAGAGCACCACAUACAGAUGAGGAGCCUGACCAGCCAGGAGAAGACAGUCCAGUUGCCGGACCUCCCCUGGCAAAUGUCCUGGGAAGCAAACAGUUGGAAAAGGGAGAACAACUGGAGUUGUUGAGGCCAGGAGAAUAUAAGACCCCAGUCAGUGGGGAAAAUGCAAGGCACUCCCUCCUGCUGCCCCCACGUACAAGCUCAGACAGGGCAGCGGAUGCAAAGACUCAGCAGCAGACAGCACCAAAGAAGGCACCUGGCCCUAGCUCUUGUUGCCUUUCUGAGGGCAGCGAGGCUGGAAGACAAGACGACUUCCUCAUGCACUCAUUUGAGGUCCCUGCUUAUGAACAGGUGUUUUCGUCAGCGCAAGAAUUCUCUGAACUUGCCCAGAUAACAAGUGAUCACCAGGAACAGAGUGGCAUUGUCAGGGAGAAGGGAAUGGAGAUGGCCUGUGCCCCGACUCCACAGCCAGACCAGAGCUGUCUCCCAUCAUGGCUUCCUGGUGGCUGGAGUCCCAGCCGAUCACGGCUUCACCUUCAUCACGCAAGUGAUUCAUCCCCAUCCACGACCCAGUCACACAAUGAAGUUUCCAUGGUAUCCCCCCGCAGCUCACCAUCUCCAGCUCUACCAUCAAAGCAGGAUAGUGGCAUUCUCACAGUACUUAAGGAGCCAGGCGACUGGAAAGGCAGAGGGUGUCAUUCCGUAUUGGAACACAAAAAUAAGGGUGUCCUGAUUUCUCCGGAAAAGUCUCUACCCAUUGACCUGACGCAGUCAAUACCUGACCCCUUGAGUACCAGGUCCCAGGAUCCUCCCUCCCACAUGAGCAGAGAGAACGAGAUCAUCCUUUUACUGGAUUCAGAUGAAGAGUUGGAGCUAGAACAGACCAAAACAAAGUUGGUUUCUAAUGGUCCCUCAGAAGAAAGGAGUGUUCUAGACGUCAGCCAUAAGUCCUCUGAACUAUUUUCAGUCAUUGAUGUCGAUGCAGAUCAAGAGCAUUCUCAGAGCCCCCCAAGGAGAGGGGGUGAGCUGCAGGUCAAGAGUGUGGAGGGACAGUUGGAGAAUCAGGGUGUUGUGGCUGGCACAUGGGCCUCCUGGUUAAUCUGUGACCGUGAGAGCAGCCUCAAUGAGGACAGUACCACAGAUGCCUCCUGGCUGGUGCCCGCUACCCCAGUAGCCAGCAGGAGCCGUGACUGCUCAUCACAGACCCAGAUCACAAGCCUCAGGACCAGGCCUCCAGGAGAUAAGAUGGCUCGGCCCUCAUCCAGGGCCACCCCAGAAAACACAGUGUUGGAGGCCACACAGAAGUUCUCAGUCAUCACACCCCCAAUGUCACCCAUGCCUCCAGGAACUUCUUCGAGUGGAAGGCAGGUCCACAGGAGCCCUUCCCGUUCCCAAUCCAGGCUCCUCAAGCUCUCUUCCCCAAGGGUCUCAUGGCCCAUGGCAGGAGGCCUCCCUGAUUUCACUGGGCCAGUCCAGAAACUCUCACCAAAUCAGGCAGAAGUGAGUGAAGUGGUGGAAGUUGGGGACAGUGAAGAUGAGCCAGAGGUAGCUUCUCAUCAAGUAAACAGAAGCCCCCUGCUGGAUAGUGACCCCCCAAUCCCUGUGGAUGACUGUUGGAAUGUUGAGCCCCUCUCGCCAAUACCAAUUGACCACCUGAACCUCGAGCGCACUGGCCCCCUGAACACCAGCAGUCCCAGCAGUCAGGCCCAGGAGCCUGUGGACAGUGGUGACUGUCUCUCCCCUGGACUCCUGGGCAGCACCCCCAUCCGAGCAAGUGGCAUGGCCCGAAGAGCAUCUCUAGAGCAGUCCUCAGGGGCCGGCUCCCCAGCAGCCAGCAGGCUGAGCUUUCUGAAUCCAGCCUUAUGGGACGACUGGAACGGGGAAGGGCAGAAGUCCCCAGAGGCUCCUCCUGCAGCCCAGACCCUGCAUUCCUUCCGAGCUCAGAAAUCAGAAGGGCCAGAGAUACCAAAAGGUGCUAAUCGGAAGAAAAAUUUGCCCCCCAAAGUGCCCAUAUCUCCAAUGCCAAGGUAUUCCAUCAUGGAGACUCCAGUGCUAAAGAAAGAACUGGACAGGUUUGGAGUCCGUCCUCUGCCCAAACGCCAGAUGGUUCUGAAACUGAAGGAGAUUUUCCAUUACACUCACCAGACCCUGGAGUCAGACUCUGAGGAGGAGAUUCAGUCCUCACAGGGGCCGCCGGAGAUGCCUUGCAACCAGACCCUCCCCACUGAGGCCUAUAACCCUUCCAGGGUGGGAGACUGCAUCCCGCUUGAAGCCACUGAGAGCUGCAAGACCCAACAAUACAAGGAACCUCAACAUCAGCAGAAGCAGCCCAGCCAAAACAUCCCACACCAGAGCAGGCCACAAGCUGAGAAGCCACCUCCAGGCCCUGAUGUUGACACUCAGCUCUCAGCCUCCCAGAAAUCUAUGGCCACCUCUGUGGACAGCAGUGACAGCUCCUUUAGCUCACAAAGUUCCUCUUGUGAGUUUGGAGCCACCUUGCAGUCUGCACUUGAAGAUGAGGAGGAUGAGGGUGCAGGGGUCAGUGCAUCCCAGGCAGCCAGCCAGGCACCAGACAUGGAGGAAGCUGUGAGACGUUACAUCCGCUCCAAGCCAGAGCUGUUCUACAAGGUCCUCAUGUACCAGCCGCUUGAGCUGGCUGAACUGCAGGCUGAGCUGAAGCAAAAUGGCAUUCGUGUGCCCAUGGGCAAGCUGCUGGACACCCUGGAUGCCCUCUGCAUCACUUUCACCACUGCCACAGCCCGGAAGGAGAAGCUCAAGCAGAAGGGACAGCAGAGGGGCAGGAAGAAAGGAGAGCGGGAUUGACAGCCCUGCCCCUCCAGCAGCCUGUGGGUAUCUACAUCCAGCACCCCUUACCCCACUGGCCAUAUGCAGGGAGGCCUGGCACCCAGCACAAGACAGCCUUCCACAGGCAUUCUGGGGCCUCAGGACAAUGAUGGCCCCAACCCCCUCCCUCCUCUGGCCACCUUCUGGUGUGGCAACUGAAGCAUAUCACCCACUGUAUGUAUAGCAUUUCCCUCCCCUCUGUUAGUGCCACAGACUCUCCUAGCAGGGCCCUAUCCAUGAGUUCCUGAGGGGCACGGGGCCACCAGCUAGCCAGCACAAGGCUGGAUUCUGCCCCAUCUGCCACUGUCUCUCCAUUAGGCCCAGGUACAGUUGCCCUAUGAGUGUGUUCUGAGAUGAACGUCAGGUCCAUCUUACCCCAGCCAGGCACCCUUCCUUCUCAGCACACAGACCAGCCUCAGCCACUACCAGCAGACCAGGUGACCACAGUCUUCCGUACUGCCACACUCCAGGUGCAGCUCCUGGCUCAACUAUCCUGGCUAGACAUUUGUCAUCGUCACCAGCCAUCUCUAAAUAGGACAGUGCAGAAAGCCCCAGCACAACUCUGCGGCCACCAGAACAAGCAUGUGUUUUGUUACCAGGUCCCAUCCUUCGUUGAAGCCCUCUCCAGCACUGUGGUGCACACAGUGGGCCUCCAUAUCCUGUGAAUGACUUUGUCUGUCUUAAAUACAGCACAGUUGUUUUUAUAUGAUGUGCAAUAAAAACAGAAAAGGCUUUGUAAAAACCUAGAUGCUAUACUCCAGACAAGCCACAAGGAUAGGCAGGAGCCUGAGACUCCACUGCCUGCACAAUGUCCCCAGCCUUCUUUGUGCCUGUCUUUAUCUCCCUACUUCCUUUUGGUUCCUAGAUAAAAGAUGCAGGUGUUGAUAUA